AUGGCUUACCAAGCAUCUCCGGGAGCUGGGGGCUAUGAAGAGGACCACCGGUUGCACGACCUGCCCUCCGGCAGCCAAUAUCAUCUGCCUCCACACGAGGGUUCUGAUGACGAAGAUGAACGAGCCCUCUUAGCCCACGGCCAGGGGCCCUUCAAUGGGCCAUUCGAUGAGCCUCACUCCGGGAUCGCAACUCCCCCUAUCAGACCUGCUUCGAACUACACUCUGACGGAAUCAUAUGUUGGGGAUCACAAGUCACAAGCACCUCCUUACAACGGGUAUCACGGAGAUGGCUACAGCUCGACUCUCGAUGACCCCACAGCGGCAUUUGGCGUGCCUGGGCGAGCGCCGUCUCCAUACGAGAGAAGUGACACCAGCUCCACGGAAGCAUGGAGGCAGAGGCAAGCACCUGGAGCAAAUGGGUUGAGGCGAUACGCGACUCGUAAAGUGAAACUUGUUCAGGGCUCGGUCCUGAGUGUGGACUAUCCAGUACCUAGUGCUAUCCAGAAUGCUAUUCAGGCGAAGUAUAGGAGUGAUCUAGAGGGAGGCAGUGAAGAAUUCACACAUCUGAGAUGUACGCUGAAUGUGAGCCCAGGAAUAUGCUGUCGCUAA